GACGUCGAAGGCCUCAAAGCCCUAAACAUCGAUCCAGUUUUGUGGCUCUCGGGCAAGGCUACUAAUCAGGUGAAAGGAGUGAUAGAGCACACGCACGAGAACGCAGUGUCAUGCCUCGACACAAACUACUUCGGUUGCAAGAGAGUGACGGAGGCUCUCCUCCCCCUCCUCCGCCUCUCACCCUCCGGUGCUAGAAUCGUCAAUGUGUCAUCUCUCAGAUCAGAGCUCAGGAGGAUUCCGAACGAGAGUAUCCGUGCGGAAAUAUCGGAGGUUGAGAAGCUGGACGAGGAGAGGAUCGAGAAAGUGUUGGCGAGAUUUCUGGAUGAUUUGAAGGCGGGAAGGUUGGAGGUGGGCGGCUGGCCGAUGAUGCUGCCGGCGUACAGCAUGUCGAAGGUGGCGGUGAACGCUUACACGCGAGUGAUGGCGAGGAGGUACCCGGAGAUGCGUAUCAACUGCGUGCAUCCUGGAUUUGUGAAGACAGAUAUCAACUGGAACACCGGAGUGGAGACGACAGAGGAGGGGGCUAGAGGGCCGGUGAUGCUUGCUUUGCUGCCGCCCGGCGGGCCGUCCGGCCGCUACUUUGAUAAGACCGACAUGGUUGACUUCUGAGAUGUUGCGUUGCUGUUCAACUCGAUGAUUUUUUUCUUUUUCUGUUUU